AUGGACCCUGCAACGUUUUGCUGUUUCCAAGAAGAUGCUGCAUGCACAAUCAUAGAUGAGGGGGUCGUUCACAGAUUGGCUCCAGCGGGAGCGGAUGGUUCAGCGGAUGCGUGUGCCGAGCAAUCUUGCGAGUUGGACAAGCUGGUGCUCUUCUUAGGCCGUGCUCUACUCCUUACCAGGCGCGCUCUCUAUGUAUUGCUGUGCGUACCAGCCGAAGCCCAGACUGCUUCAUCUCCUGAUCUUUCCAACAAAUCACAGUAUGAUGCACACGGCCACCGGUUUGGUGAUGCUGCCACCUUGGUUUCGUGCGGGGUACAAGCAUGGCAUCUCAUUUUGUACCUUAACACCAAGGUGGGGAGCUUGGCUCGCCGGCUUGGGCUGACAGCUGUUCCCUUCAUAAUUCCCUGGGAGCGUGAAACACCCCAUGAGCAGGCGCCGCCGGAAGGGCCGACUCUCGCUUGCACGCACUGGGUGGAGCGAGCUAGAGCAGCUGUGUUGCAUCACUACCUACUGAGUGUUGGAAGCAACGUUUUCUGGCAGUAUGCCGAUGAAGCUGCGCUUGCUAAUGCAGUUCCUCUUGUUGUGGAUAAUGUUUCGGCGUUUUCCAGCAGUGUAGCCUGUGAACUUUGGCCAAGGCAUUGUCAUCUAAGCCCACUGCGUGGAAGCAUUCAAGCUGGUUCCUCUGAGCAUGCAUCACUCGUUGAGGUAGAAGAUCGAGGCAUCUCACGGGUUCAACACUUGGCACUUGCAAACCAAGAAAGCCGUCGCAGAGUGGCUGCUCACGGGGUUUCUCAAGGGUUUUGUGGGGUCGUCAGUCGCGUAGACAAUAUUGAGACAAACGCUAGAGUUAAGGUAGGAGCGCCGUUCGGGUACACGCUUGUUGCUGGGACGUUUGAUCGGUUGCAUGCUGGUCACCAGCUGCUGUUGGCCGCAGCAGCAUUGUCGGCCCAGCAGCGAAUUGGUGUGGCGGUUGCCUCCGGCCCCCUGAUCAAGAGGAAAAUGGCGUCUCAGGAAAAUGUGGCUGCAGCUGGCAUAGAGCACUUCGCGUUUCGCCUUCAGGCUGCUGUUGCCUUUGUGCAGUUGGUUGCAGCAUCAAGGGGGAGAGCAGUACGCUUGACAGGCUUCAAAGAAGCAUUGGUGGAGGAAGAGGCAAGCUUAUCGGACGAGCUGCAGCUCCAGUCUUCCCAUCUAGGUGGAUCCAACCAAUUUGGCCGCGAUUUCAGCUCAGUAGUGGAGGCUUUUACUAGUCCAGUGGAAGAGGCGUUGGGUGACAGCCUGCAGCUGGAGGUCUUCCGUAUAACUGAUGCGGUUGGCCCUGCUGACCGUAUAGCAUUCGACUGUUUAGUGGUUUCAGAUGAAACAGUGAAGGGAGCCGACAUGGUGAACAGGAUUCGUGGUGAAGCCGGGAACGAGCCAGUUUCUGUGCUCACUGUGGGGCUCGUGCCAACAAAUGCGUGGAUAGUUCAUCAGGUCGCUGAAGCCCUCGCGGAGCACUUGCCCUUCCCUCUUUUAAGGGAAGGAAGUCAGCUUGAACAAAAAUGUGGCUUUUCCAGGCUGGCCGGAGGUACAGUGCAAUCUAAAGCUCCUGUGGAGGCGGAAGAGGAGGAGGGGCAGAAUACUCUCACACAGAACCAUCGGAAUCCCGCAGCUGAAUCAUUGGAUACAUUUCGGAGUAAGUUGAGUUCUACGGUAUUGCGCCAGCAGCAACUGAAGCGGCUCUGUUGUGGAUCCAUUGCUGAGCUCUACAAGCGAUUUCAGGCAGCGUGGCUGUGGCUUGAAGGAAGCGAAAGCGAGGCAGGAGUCAGUGAGCUGCAGUCAUGUGCCACCAUUUGGAGCGUACUGUGCGCUGAACACGCAGCUCCUUGGAGAAGAUUUUACACUUUUGAUCGGGUUGCGAGAGUUCUAGAACGUUUGGACGCCUUGAACACCUCUGCGAAGCGAGAGCCAAUUGUCCUAAGUGUGUUUUUGGGUUCACUACUGGCGUGCCCUUGCCAAUAUAUCACAUUGACAAGGCGGGCUUGCCGAACAUCCAACGCUAGAGAACUGUCAAGAACCAACGGUGCUCAUUCGUGCACUCUUGCUAGCUGGAGUCCUGAAGCUGAAGAUGCUGCAUGGCAGAAGUCCGCUGCGAAGCUCUUGGCAGAACUGCAGUGUAGGAGGGAAGGUCGGCCGUGCGUGGUUGCGCAUAACAUUCAACAAGCCACACGGAAGAUGCCACCAGCGUCCAGCUUUGCUUCCAAUGAUGUCUUGCUGGAGGGGCGCUUCUAUAUGCUAAAGAGCCUGCUAUGGGGACAACGCGCUGCCGCUUAUUCCAGACUAGCACCAACGGUGGAGGCGGUCAAUGCCCCACGAGGAAAGCAUGCACCAGCGUGGAAUGAAGGGGAAAUGGUAACGCUGAUGCGGCUAGCGCGUCGACUUGAACAGUUGGAAUUCGCCGAUGGGUCAAUGGAGGAAGCAACGCGAUUGCGGAGGCUGCGACAAGAGUACUUUUUUGUCAGCGAGGACUGUUUCAGCAGACACCGAAUGAAGCAACUAGCAGAGUUGCUGGAGAGUGCGAGCAGCCUCGAUUGCCUGAAUGGUGAAGAGCUUCGUCAUGCGCGGGCAAGCGCUGAGCGUGAGUUGAACAUACUGACGAAUCGAAUUCUACACGAUGAGCCCACCGCAUCUUGCUGA